AUGUUCGAGCGUCGCGACAUCAGCUCUGUCGGCGCCCUGUUGCAGGAGUACUUCUCCAUCACCCUCGCCACUUGUGAUGGCGCAGUUGACUACGUGGGGCGCAUGCAGGAGGUCGCUGAUCGCCUUGCGGCACGCCAAGCUGCCCUCCCCGAGCCCCUGCAAAUCCACCGCCUCCUCUACAACCUCACCCCGGACUACGAGUCCCGCCUCCAUGCCUUCACUGAGGCCAACCCCAUGGCCGGCCUCGACGACGUGGUCCAGUGGAUCAUUGACACGGAGGUCAAGCUCCGCACCCCCGUUGUCAACCUUACCACCCCUCAGUCCUCCUCCUCCACCUCCCUCAACGCUACGCAGCCGCGCAACCAGGGUGGUCGCAGCGGCGGCGGCGGAGGCCGUGGAGCGGGUGGCGGUGGUGGUGGUGGAGGCCGUGGUGGUGGCGGUGGUGGUAGUGGUGGCCGUGGUGGCCGUGGUGGCGGUGGUGGUGGUGCUGGCAGCGCCCCUGCUGGAGGUGCUUGUUCCCGACACUUCUGGUAG